AUGAAUAUUCCACCCUACGUCUGUUGCUUCCUUUUCCUCAACACGGUAGGCAACCUGAUCCACAGGGGAUGGAUCCGACCUUGGACCUGCGCCGUCGCCAUCGAAAGCACUACCAUCGUCUGCUACAUCAUCCUCGUCACCGUCCACAGCCCCGUGGUCAAAUACAUUGCCCUGAUUGUCGCCGUGUCUUGCGCCGGCUCGGCAUACCCUGUCAUCUGGCCAGAGCGGAUCCGAGCCCUCGAGGGGACCGUCGCCGCGGGCGUCGGCAUAGGCUUGACCAAUGCUUGUGCGCAAUGGAGCGGCAUCGUCGGCCCGCAUGUGUAUUCGACCAUCUAUGGGCCGACGUACCACAAGUCCUACGGCCAGGGCGUACGUUUAGGCUGGACCAGCGGUCGAACAGUCCCCGUCUGCAACACAACAUGGGGAUACGACAUUGUCGAUAUGCAAAUGAACCUUGGAAGGAACGGCAACGACCAGGACUAG